AAGCGGUCUCUGCUUUUGGCGCGGUCCUGACAGAGGGGUCGGCCAUCUUGGACUCACAUUAGUGUUUCAGCGGGUUUUACUCUACUCUGAGACGUUGCAUGAGCAUUCGACUCAUUGAAUGACCUCUUGCACUGAUUAAGAAGUCGAUUGGUUUCGCGUACCCGUUUAAGGACCGCAACAGAUACGUUUGUAUUUACUGCUCACGGAGCGAAGAAUAAAAACUCAGGACUGUAAGAAAGAACCGUCAUGGCGACAGCUACCCCAAGCCGUGAAGCUGGCCGGACGGCGGCCUCGACACCCCUCUCCCCGACCCGGAUCUCUCGCCUACAAGAGAAACAAGAUCUGCAGCACCUGAACGAUCGGCUGGCCGUUUAUAUCGACCGCGUUCGGUCGUUGGAACUCGAGAACGACCGGUUGAUGGUCAAAGUGUCUGAGAAAGAGGAGGUGACUACUAGAGAGGUGUCCGGCCUGAAGGGUCUGUAUGAGGCAGAGUUAGCCGAUGCUCGACGGGUUCUGGAUGAAACCGCCAGAGAGAGAGCCAGGCUGCAGAUAGACCUGGGCAAGGCUCAGGCUGACCUGGAAGAAGCCACACGCAGUGCCAAGAAGAAGGAUAGUGAUCUUGCAGCAGCGGUGUCCAGGGCCAGUGGUUUGGAGGGCCAGCUACACAAGAGCGAAGCAGCUCUUUCAACAGCUCUGAGCCAGAACUCUGCUCUCACUUCAGAGCUGGCUGAUGUCAAGAGCCUGCUGGCUAAGGCAGAGGACAGCCAUGCGGUUGCUAAGCGCCAGCUGGAGGCGGAGACACUGAUGCGUGUUGACUUGGAGAACCGCUGUCAGUCACUGAGUGAGGACCUGGAGUUCAGGAAGGGCAUGUUUGAAGAGGAGGUGCGUGAGUCUCGGCGUCGACAGGAGCACAGGAUAGUGGAGGUGGACUCUGGAGUCAGACAGGACUACGAGUUCAAACUGGCAUCGGCUUUACAGGACCUGAGGAGGCAACAUGAUGAGCAAGUCUCUCUGUACAAGGAUGAACUGGAGCAAACCUUCCAGGCCAAGUUGGAUAAUGCCAAGGUGUCCUCUGAGAUCAAUGACAAGGCAAUGGGCACAGCCAGGGAGGAGAUGCAGGAGUCCCGUAUGAGAAUAGAGAGCCUCGGGUAUCAGCUCAGCGCCCUGCAGAAACAGGCUGCUGCCUCAGAGGAUCGAAUCAGAGAGCUGGAGGAGAUUCUGUCAGCAGAGCGAGACAAGCACCGCCGUGCCAUGGAAGGAAAGGAGCAAGAGAUGAGCGAACUGAGAGAAAGGAUGAACGCUCAGCUCAGUGAAUACCAGGAGCUUCUGGACGUUAAGCUCGCUCUGGAUAUGGAGAUCAACGCAUACAGGAAACUGCUUGAGGGAGAGGAGCACAGACUGAAGCUGUCCCCCAGCCCGUCUGGCCGAGUCACUGUUUCGAGGCUUACGGGAUCUUCCUCCUCCCGCUCCUCCAAAAGGAAGAGGAUUGAGGCCGAGGCUAAGGAUGUGCCGGAGCUGGGAAGAGAAGGGCAGCUGCUGGUGUCUGAAGAAGCCACAGCUAGCGGAGCAGUCUCCAUCUCACCCACUGACAUGGACGGAAACGCAGUCACGCUGACCAAUGAUACCGCUCAGGACCAGCCAUUGGGCAACUGGAGGUUGAAGAGACAGGUGGACAAUGAGGACGAGGUCGUCUACAAGUUCUCCCCGAAGUUUGUCCUCAAGGCUGGACAGUCAGUGACGGUGUGGUCCGCUGAUGCCGGAGUUGCCCACAGUCCCCCAUCUGACCUGCUGUGGAAGAGCCAGACCUCCUGGGGCACAGGGAGCGACAUAGUCACCACUUUGGUUAACGCCGAUAGCGAGGAGGUGGCCACGAGAAGCGUAUCCAAGACCGAGGUUGAGGUGGAGAACGGAGAGGAAGAGGAGGAAGAGGUAGAAACGGGAAAGGUGUCCUCCAGAGAGUGCGCCAUCAUGUGAAGCUUCUGUCAGCUUUCACUUCCCCAUUCUAUAUAUUUUUUUAUUUUCUCUUGAGCCACCCAAAUACGAUCCUGUUCAUUGCCUAAUCAUUAGGUGUUUUUUACUGUUCAAGACAAUAUAAGAAUUUUUGGACUAAUGGACUCUUUUUACUGCCCUCUGCAUUUCUGGACCUGCUUUAAUGAAUUGUUUUCCUAAACCUCGCUAGCAAUGCUAAUGUCUGCGGAUCACAACCAUGACUGUGGUGUUGCACCUGAAUACUUCCACCCCGACUAGAACCAGUACUCUCUAUGUCUGCGGCUCAUUCAUCCUUCAUGCACCAUAGAACACAGUCUGUAACUUUUGCUCAGGAAUCAGCUGAAAGAACCUUUGAGUUCCGAGACGAAUUACCUCUGCAGCAUAGCCAUAACGAUACGAUGAGUUCCAUUACUGUAGGGUUGAACAAACGAGGGGCGGGUCGUUACAUUUUUGGGAGAGCAGUUUCUCCUCCAUAAUCAAGGCUUUGAAGUGUUUCUCAUCUAUAACAUUAAUGUGUGUGGUUACCAGAUUGAUUUCCUCAAUUUUGUACUUGUGCGUCCGUAUGCCGUGCUUUACAUCGCUAGUUAUUUUUCUAUAGAGUGCUCGUCUAUGUAAUCAAUUUGUAUACACCAUAUACCUUUUUUCUUAUUGUAGUGUUUUGGGAUUUCCGGGAUGAUUAAGGAUUAGUGUUUAUUACCUUUAAGAUACUUCAGGAUGCUGACAAAACAAUACUGAACGCUACUGCUGCAGUGUUCUUUAGAGCGUUUAAAGCUGUCCUCAGAUCGGCAGAAGCCACGACUUCUUGUCCAGUGGGAGACAGGUGACCGGCUCUAAAGUCCAGCAGUGUUAGACUAACUGACUCUUAGGUUAUUACUGAUCUGAUUUUGGAUUAUUGUAAGGCUCUGUCAUAUGUAAUGGGGAUUUAGUCCCUCCAGGAAUUGUCAUGAUUUUAGCACAAGAAUUCAUGUGUUUUCAGUGGAAAUGACCAGCCUUUUCAUGAAAACUGGUCAACCUUUUACCAAUCACACUAAGUUCCAUUGAGAUGUCAAAUUAUAAAGCUUCAGUUUCAACAAGAAACAAGUUCCUUUGAUCUGCACGCUGGAGUUAUUGUUGCAUAUUGGUAUGCAUGAUCAUCAGUUUGUUCUUUCAACAAUAGCACAGUUUGCAUCUGAGGUGCAAUUUUUAACUGAAAUCAGAAAAUGGCAGAAAUUUGGCCAAAAGUUACGUAUUCAGGAGUAUUUUCAGAAAAGCUUCUGAGCCAUAAAGCGGUGUCCCUGGAGGGACUGGUCCAUGACUCGGGCCUGACCAGUUUUGCUACACUAUAGAUGUGACUUUGUGAUAUUUCUGUUGAGAACAUCAUUUAACCUGAUAUUGUUAUGGGGGGGGGGCAUGCAAAAUGUGAGUUCUCCUUCAUGAUUAACUGUUGUUGAACUACUUUUUGUACACAAUAAAUGUUUUACAUAUACA